UUCACUUGUCGUCAAAUGACGUUUGUCAAUAAAUAAAUAUCCAUAAUCUCCUUUUGCCGUGUAGCACUUCGUCAAUAUUUGGCAUUGCAGGUGCAAUUAUUUUCCGAUGAGCAAAUGGUCUGAGAAUAUGAGAAAAUUUUAAUAAUUAUUUCAUUGAAAUUGUUACUUAUGAAGUGCUUUAUGUUGAAUUGAAGUUCAAUGGGAGGGCGUUCAUUUUGAUAUAUUAUAUUACACCCUCGCAGAACUUUAUUAAGAUAACGAUAUGAAAAAAUUAUUUUCAAAAAUUGAAACCAAAAUUGACAAUACUUCUAAGGAAACUAAUAAUUUCAUUGGAAAAGUUUUUGCAGUCGGUCGUCAAAAUGUAGUGGUUGAAGAUGUUUUAGCAGAAGGUGGUUUUGCUAUUGUAUAUCUUGUGAGGGGUAGUAGUGGAUGUCGAUAUGCCCUCAAAAGAAUGUAUGUCAACAACGAAUCUGACCUCAAUGUGGCUAAAAGAGAAAUACAAAUCACUAGCAGCUUGAAUGGUCAUAAGAAUAUAAUAGGUUAUGUGGAUUCCUGUAUAACUCCCAAAGGGGGAGGCGUAUAUGAAGUUUUGCUGCUAAUGCCUUAUUGUCAAGAUAAUGUCUUAAAUCUUAUGAAAAGCCAUGGCAAGGCUAAUAUGGCCGAGUCAGAAAUAUUGAAUAUUUUUUGUGAUAUUUGUGAAGCUGUCUCUAGACUGCAUCACUGUAAAACCCCAAUUAUUCAUCGCGAUUUAAAAGUAGAGAAUAUUUUGAAAAAUGAUAACGGCAAUUACAUCAUCUGUGAUUUCGGUUCAGCAACAGCAAGAAUUCUGAAUCCUGCAGAAAAUGGCGUUACUGCUGUUGAAGAGGAAAUAAAGAGGUAUACUACACUCAGUUAUAGAUCUCCUGAAAUGGUUGAUAUGUAUUGUGGUAAACCAAUUACCACGAAGGCAGAUAUAUGGGCGCUUGGCUGCUUAUUAUAUAGACUCUGCUUUUUCACCCUUCCAUUUGGAGAAAGCCUUUUAGCUAUUCAAAAUGGAAACUUUUACAUUCCUGAUAACUCCAAGUAUUCUGUAGGUUUACAUCAGUUGAUAGGUUACAUGUUAGAACCAGACCCAGAUAAAAGACCUGAUAUUUAUCAAGUUAGUUCGAUAGCUUUUAGAUUGUACAAUAAAGAUAAUCCAGUGAAGAAUUUGAUGAAUUCCACUACUCCAGUAUUAGAUGACCUACAGGUUCCUCAGACUGAGUCAGAAGCAAAAAAGACAAUAAUAAAAUCAUCUUCAUCAGCAGUCAGUAACAAAACGAAUCCAGCGCCUUUAGUUGAAAGCACAAGUGUCAUUCCAAGACAAAGACCAAAAGGCACAGCUACAACGCCACUGAACUUGAAAAACCUUCCUCUUAACAUUAGUCCUAGUCCAACAGCAUCCAAAAAAUCCCAGAGCCCUGUAGCCCCAACUGUUUCACCAUCCCUUUCAGUAAGUACAACCUCUUUAACUCCUAAGUUGAUCUCCCAAACCGCUUCCGAAAAUCCAAGCUUUGUUCCAGAAUUCCCUAAUCAACCCCCAGCCUCAUUUAGUGUGGUGAAUUGUACUGAAGUUGGCCAGGAUAAUCUUGACCAGUUAUUUGAGUCUGGUUACUCCGAUCCCUUCAAGGAUGAUACACAUCCUUCGACACCACCAACAAAGGUUUCAGAAGGAGAAUUGUCACAAAGCGGAAAUUCAAUUCCUCAAAAUGUAUCUAGUCAGAGUCAAAGAAAUUUUGAUCUUGGAGAUGUUAGUAGUACUAUCAACAUUCCCCAUACACCACCUUCUACGCCUACUGCAUACAUAGCCAAAGGACAUCGUAGAAAUAUGAGUGACACAACAGCGUUCAACAAAGUUUAUGCAUCAGAAACUACUCAAUUCUUAGCACCAUUUGAUUCAUCAAUCAAAAGAACAGAAGAUUCGCCUACAAAAAUGGAAGAAUACUCUACAAAUAGUAAAGCGCCAAUGGGUUCUUCAGUUUCGACCACCAAUGUUAGCAAUCUACUUUCAAAUACUGAAAACAGAUCCCUAUCUGCGGAUGUGGCCGAUUGGAACCCAUUUGAAGAAGAUGCCUCAUUCAGUGAAAUGACAGAAGACCAUAUUUUUGGAGCCGAAUUCGAUAAGAUUCGUAAAUGUAGUCAAACAAGCAUUCCAGGAGUAAACUCAGGUGAUAGUUCUGCAAUAGCUGAAGAUCCCUUCAUUUGUGCUCCUUUUAGUCUUUCCACUAGAACACGAAAUAAAAAAUGUAAUCUUCAAAUCUCAGGUAAACAAUAAUUUUUGUGGAACAUCAUGCACCACUAUGUUAUAAAUAUUAUUAUAUUUGUUAAUAAUUAUUUAUUCUAAAUUUAUCUUAUUUGAAACUAUGAUUAAUAUAUCUAUAUAUAUUCAAGUAAAUCUGCCCCGUUGAAA